CGACAACAAACGAUUCCUCUCAUAACAAUCCCCCCCAAACAUGGCGGACGCGCAACUCUACGAAGAGACCUUCCAGGUCACGACCCUGAUCGACCAGACCUACGAUCGCGUGCACCGCCUUCUCGGAACGUCUCACGAUAGCACGACCUCCAUCACACUCGACAUCAAUAGCGAACUGUACCCGAUCGGCAAUGGCGAAUCGUUUAAUAUGCUAGUCGCCAGCACGCUGAAUCUGGACGGCACGAAAGAUGAGACGCAAGGAUGGAGGCCGAAGAAUGAUGCGCCGAGCCUGGCGGACAUGUGGGAUUACGUGUGUUAUGGGAAGGUGUACAAGGUGGAGGACCCGGAAGACGGGGAUCGGAUAAAGGUGUAUGUGUCGUUUGGUGGUUUGCUCAUGUGCCUGGAUGGGCCGUACAAGAAGUUGAGCCCGCUGAAAAUUGAGUAUGUGUAUAUGCUGCUCAAGAAAUGAGAGGGAUGAGCGUGGAAGAAAACAUGCGCACGUUGCGAAGGACAUGCUCGAGAGUUGAAGGGAAGGGUCGAAUUGAUGGGCAAGAAGAGGUGCCAUUGGGAAGCCGGUCAAAACAUAAGCUGGACGCGAUCGAGAACGUGAUCGGGAACGCGACAUUCCACGACGACGCGCAUAUCGCGACGAUUCCAUUCUCGGCAGCUCGAAGUGCCAUGUAUGUUGAACCCUGGACCUCCGUCACAAGCAUCGGCGAGACCACGCAAGAAGAGGGAGGAGAGGGAUGAAGCUCACACUGAAUCUAGCGAUCAGUAGAACCAGGGAUUCGAGUAUCCAUGCCCAGGAGAUGAGAAGAUAGCAAGCCAUAGCAGAUACCGACAAACGGUCCGCUAAUGGCACGUUAACAAGACGAAC